AUGGCAGAAGCUGUAUUCAAACAUGUAGUCAAGGAAGCAGGACUUGAGGACAGAUUCGAUAUCAUUGACUCGUUUGGCACGUCUGGAUGGCACAUUGGCGAGAACCCAGACUCUCGUUCAACAAGCACUUGUCGCAAACACGGCGUUCCCGUAGACCAUAAGGCGCAACAGAUCAGUUACAAGGAUUUUGAGAACUUCGACUACGUUAUCGGCAUGGACGAGUCCAACCGUGACGACUUGCUUCACAUGAAACCGCGCGGAUCGCAGACUCGAGUAGCCAUGUUUGGUGAAUGGAAGACUGACGAUGCGUUUGCCAAAGUGGUGCUGGAUCCAUACUAUGGGGGCAAGCUGGGUUUUGAGACGAAUUUCCAGCAAAUCACCCAUUUCAGUAAGGAGUUUUUGGCUCAGGAAUUGGGAGUCUCUGUGUAG